AUGAAUAAAACGAAUAAAAAUGAAAUUCCCAAUGGAAGGUUUGUGCGCUAUGAUAUAUGGUGGCGCCAGAAAGCAUUUGCAUACGGCAUGUCCGUCGCGCGGACGUGGAAAUUGAGGGAUGUUCUGCUUAGAGCGACGUGCAUUGCUGCGCAGACGCGCGUUGCCGUGUAUGUGGUGCGUUUAAUUGCUGCAAUGGAACGCGCCGCGGCGGUGAUGUCUCGGCUAAUCAAGGGUGGUUCGGUCCCUGGGGUGUUGCGAUAUGAUCGCUCGCUGGCGACGACGCAGCGGCGCGUGCUUCGGAUACUUCGCUCGCCUCCAUCCGUAGUUACUCAUUACGUCCGA